AUGCCCCUAGUUGGUGGUGGUCUACUGCAGCCCUACGCCGACGUCCAAUACAUCGACAAAAGCGACCGGUUCCGCAUAGAACGGAGGAAGAUCAGACCGCCGAAGAAGGUCCAAUACGGAGUGAUCAAGCCAAGGGUCUACUACACGUCUGUCGAGCAGACGGACCACGCCGAGCUCGAGAUUGUGUCAUUGGUAGUAAGAAGGAGCGCCUUACUCCAGAAGAUCUCGGAGUACCGGGACGCGGAGGCUGAGAGAAGGCCGUGGUCCAAGGUUGAGGCCUUGAAGACGCUGAUAGCUCUACGAUCCAUAACAUUAACAAUUGUCGCUGCGGUGAGGUCGUGGCGCGUCUCCGUGGGAGAACGGGCCUUCUUACACCGAGGCGAGAACUUACUUCUGGUGUUGCGGGACGACAUGCGAGAUCUUGAGCUGUUAGACCCGCCGAUCCAAUUCGGCUUCGAUAUUGGGCGGCGCAACCCGUUUUGCCUGCCGCUGAUCACGCAUCGAGCGCCCCCUCCCAUCGGAGGGAAACGUUUGCUUAAAAGGGACGAAGAGGCGAUAGCUCGACAACUAGCACACAUCUCCCAUGACGAACGGGCCCAGAUUUUGGUCGAGCACGAGUAUUUGCAGCGCGAGGAAAAGCGGGACCUGCGCCAGAACAAGCAGAUGGACCGCAACCGGCCCUGGGCCUUUGACCGCUGGGACGCGGAUCGAGGGUGGAUGCCGGCGCCGCCGCUGCCCAGUCCGACGAAGCGGCUCCGGGCGCGGCCGGAGCAGCCGCCCGUCGAGCGGUUGAGUCCCGCCCGUCGGGGUGCGGCGGCGGCGUCGCGCAAACAAGGCGCCAAGACGCCCAAGCAACGCCCUGUGAGCCAGGAGACGCCGCGGUCGCGCCGGGCGCGCCUUGAUGAGGAGAAGGCGAGGAGGGCCGCCGUCGCCCGCUCCGGCCGCGACGCGGAAAAACAACGGGUCAAGCGCGACGAGGACCGCGCGCGCAAGGACGCGGUAACGCGGUCGCGGGCCGAGGCGACCGAGGAACGGGCCCGGAAAAAGGCCGAGGCCGAGCAGCUGCGCGGCGCCGUGAAGAGGGGAAAGAAGCUCGAACCGCUCGUCGUCGACGACGCGGCGUCCUACGUGUCCUUCGACGAGUCCGUCGGCACGUUCGCGGGCGGGCCGUCGCUCGACGCGCUCUCCGCGUCGCCGGGCCAACACACGGUCGGGACGUUGCGCACUUUUGAUGAUUCGUCGAGGCACUCAUACAAGUAA